GGAUUCAACAUAGAACUUGGCACCGAAGUGCAGCAGUUCGAGUUGCCACCUUCCAAAUAGCACAGAGGUAGACUUCUAGGCUGGGGUCCUCGGGACGGUAAAAAUCUAUGGUUGGAAACAAUUGGUGACAUGGCUCAAAAUCGUUCUCAAUGGCGCAGAUGCAUCCACUCCUUAUGACUUAUGAUCUCCAAUGAAACUGUUUUGUUCUUCGUUAUUACUCCUUUGUCUCACACCUCAGCUCACUAUUUCUAUUAUGCUUUUCUUGUACUUUCUUCUCUUGCUUCGCGUGCUACACGGAGUGUGGCGACUUGAACUUCCGCACAUUUGUGCAAAGUUCUAUGUCGAAAACAGACAGACAGACAGACUUUUUCCACUAGAUCCAGUACUGAUAGCUAUAUUCACAUUACAACAACAUAUUGUUUGAGGAUUCAUCAAUCUUAAACACCAGCUUUGGCAUACCUGAAAAAUAGUAUGACCGGAUAUUGAUGAUUACAUGGACCAAACGGAUGAAGUGGUGCUGAUAAGUCAUGAAGCCAAGGAAUUCUACGAUGAAAUUCGUGGGCUAGUCGUCGUCUUUCUAAUAUUCACCUUUUUAUUCCUUAUCGCGCAUACAAUAUUACAAUUGUUUCUAACUAAAACAGAAUAUGAAUUAAAACCGUGUCGAGCUGAACGCUUAGUCUAUCAACUAGUCUUGGGCAUGUGUACAUUUAUCCUGACAAUAGGCUUAACUUCAUACAGUCUAUUACCAUUGACUAUUAUAACAAAUGAAAUAUUAGUUAUCUUUCCACAGUCGUAUUAUGUACAAUGGUUAAAUAGUGAAUUAAUACAAGAUUUAAUCUUGUUGAUUGAUAUCGGCAGUAAGAUAUCCUGUCUAACUAUACCCUUCUCUUACUUUCUUUUAAUUUCACAAGGAUUUCUACACAAAUCCUAUUCAUCGUUUGCUUCACGUUUAACAGACUCCUUCAUUAUGGUCUUCUUCUUUUACAUUUUAUGCUUUGGUACAGUUUGGUCUUUAAGUAGUUUUGUAUCAGCUUUAAAGGGUUGUUUCCUUUCAGAUGUUAGUGGAUUAUCUUUUAGUGGUAGCGAUAGUAUUAGUAGUAGUAGUAAAACAUUUUCCAUAUUCACUGAGCGUUAUCAUCAAUCGUAUCCUUCGUCUGCUCCCAGUUCUGUUGACCAUCAUGCCUAUUAUCAAAACCAUCCAUUUACAUUCCUACAGAACUCUAUCAAUUCUAUUGGUUGGAUACAAUUUUUUCAAAAUGUUUGCCUCCAAGUAAUCUUUAUGUCAGGCUUAGAAUUGAUUCAAAUGACAGCGACAUUAUUAGGACUUUUAUUAUUGUUUAUCUGUACACCAAUGGGUUUAUUGUCUAUCAGUAUAAAUUUAGUUGCAUUCAUUAUGCGCUCUUUAUCGGAUUCACCUACAAGACAGACAUUGUAUGAUCGUAUUGAAGAAUUGAAUAUGGAAACUAUGACUGUUUUAGACGAUAUGAAGUGUAUACAACUGUUGUGUGAAGAAAAGAAUCUAAAUAAUAAUAAUAAUACUAAUGACAAUGCUAUGAAUUAUAAAUCUAUAUGUUUUCGAACUUAUACUGGUGUUAAAUCUUGCGAAGAUUUAUUAUUGAAGUGUACAAAUGAAUUCAAUUCAUUAAAUACAGAAUUAUUACAACUUAAACAACGUAUAACACCACAAAGAUUCACACCAUUUACACGUGAUUCUAUACCACUGUUCGUGAAUUUUUGUUUAGUUCUACUUUGUCUUUUAUUACGAUUAUUGCAAUCAUUUGUAUUCUUCAAUAUUUUGGAUCUUCUAUGGAGUAUGUUUUUUGGAAGUUAUGCUAGUCGAGAUGACAAUGCUGCUGGUUAUCUUACAAUGGGUAGCAGUAAACAGUAUCCAUCAACUACAAUGGGGUCAUCAGAUCCUAGUUUUACAAUUGGCGUAAAACCAGUUUCUUCUCUUGGACAUAUUGGAGCUGUUUUUCAGGUCUGUUUGGUAGUAUUCCUCGUUGUUCUGGGUUUAUGGGGAUUCUACUCCCUCCCAUUUGUUGGUUUUCUUCGACCACGAUAUCAUUCAACCAGUUUAGACAUUAUGCUGGUAAAUGUCUUGUUAUUUUUAAUAUUGAGCACUGCACUUCCUUUACAAACAAAUCUACUUGGAUUGACCACGCUUACAUUGCCCAAUCCACUGAAAUCUGAUUCAGUCAUAUCUACGCAAUCGAAAUGCUCAGAUCUAGUCUGUAAUCCAUUGGAAAAUGAAAGUGAUUGUGACCAGUAUAUUGCUAAUUGUCCAAGUAAAAAGUUGAGUCAAAUAUCCAACAGCUGGUGGAAUAAAUUGAUUGGUGAUUAUUAUUAUUUUGAUUUCACCUAUUGGUAUUCAUUUGUACAUGUACUGAAUCCAUUCACCUCCUCUACACCUGCCGACAGCUUAGAAGAGUCAACUACCGUUAACCAGAUUCAAACUGAAGAACAAACAAUUUUUCGUCAGUUUGUAUCUCGAGCUUUUGGCUAUUCAUCAGUUUCGCCUAGCUAUGAAUUAAGUGUAGUGAUAUUAAUGUAUAACAUCUGUUUCCUGAUUACUUCAAUGUGGAUUGCUGGUCGACAAUUAGGAAAUGCAGGACUAUCUAUGAAUUUGGAUUUAGUAACAACACUUCGAUGUUUGCAUCAAUUUGACAUUACAUCAAGGCCGCCUAGAUCAAGUCUAGAUCGUACUGAAUGGAUGGCUGCUGAACUAUCUUGUCCGAAAAAUCCAGAAGAGUUAGAUCAAAGUGUUGUAUGCUAAAAACGAAGUAUUUUCAUUACUGUUUGUGUGUGUGUGUGUGUGUAUGUGCCAAAUUACCUGCAGUAUGUGUGUGUGCACGUAGUAUUUUCAUUGCAUUUCAUCUCGUUUUCUAUAUCCUUACGGAAGGGGACCAGUCAAACUUACUUAAUCCACUUUUCACUUUAACUAAUUACAUUACAACACUAUGCAAGUUCUAAAUUUUCUUUUUGUUUCUAUAUUCGCUUAUAGUCUCUCUCUUUGUCUGUCUUGUUAUUCAAUAUGGUGGCGGGAGUUGUACAAAAAGUUGUUUUCUAUUUUCUUGAUUGUUUAUAUUAAUAUCUUACUUUUGUUUUAUUUAAUUUUUCUAUUUUCAAAUAUUUCGGCUUUUGGAUUUUUCUCAUUUUCGACAAUCUAUUUUUCUGUAUUGCACAAUUACAAACAGUCCUAAGUUAGAUUUUCUUUUUCUUUGUAUAUAUCUAUACUUGCUCACUAAGUAAGCAGCAAAGCGGAUAUUACUAUUAACAUUAUUAUUAUUACUAUUGUUGUAAUUUCUACUUUUUAUUUCUUUGAUUCAGGUAAUUUUCAUUUUAUUUUAUUGUAUCUAGAUAGUUCGCUAUUCUGAUUAACAACACACAUAUAUAAGUAGUUGAAAUUUUGUUGUCUGUUUGUUGUGCAUUUGGGGUGUGUGUGUGGGUGGGAGUAGAUCCAUAACACUUGCUGUCAGUUAACAUGCAUCCUGAUGUGUGAAUAGUAGUGAAGAAAUGUUUUUGCUUUUGGAAGUGUGUGGGCG